AAAACUUCAAAUGCUAAAAGAUCUUUAAGAUGCCAGCAAUCAAGACAGCGUGUUUAGUGCUAAUUUUGAGCGCCACCAUCUUGUGGUACCAUGCAAAAGGAAUUGCAUUCGUUGAAAAUAAUGGACGUGAAGCCAAAAUUGGCGAGUUUCCGUGGCAAGUGUCCAUUCGUGACUGGUCUUCGUCAAUGCACGAGUGCGGAGGGGUGAUCAUUUCAGCAGACUGGGUCCUCACUACAGCCAGUUGCAUGCAGCGCAUUGGGAACGAGAGGAUUGUGACGACCACAAUCGACGCUACCCGUCCUGGAGUUAUCUACAAAGCUGGCCUCGUAGAGUUCCAUCCAGAUUUUGAUGACUUUUACCAUUCAAACGAUAUCGCACUUGUCAAGACAAAGUUCAAAAUGAGCUUGAACAUGUACGCGAGUCCAAUCUCUUUCGCUGACGAGCCUCCUGCGUUAAACGAGACGGGGGAAAUCGCAGGAUGGGGCAUGGAGCACGAUGCGUCAUAUUUAUCGAAAAUGCUAAGGAUCACUGGAGUGACCAUCAUAGACAGAGAAGAGUGUCGCUCGAUUUUCGCUCAGGAAAACGUGCAACUCGGCGAAGAUCAGUUCUGUGCUCGCUCCGAUAUGGGUGGAGCUUGCAGAGGGGACGAAGGAGGUGGUUUCGUUAGAAGAUAUCCAAGUGAUGUGCUUUUGGGACUGAUCAGCACCAACUUCUGCACUCUGGACAACUUCCCGACGGCCUUUAUCGACAUCCAAUUGCACCGCGAAUGGAUCAGCAGCAUCACCGGAAUUUAAUUUAAAUCGAUGUUUAUUUUGACCCUUUUGGACAUGAAUAAAUAAGUUUCAGUUUUUUGGUGAUGGGUGAA